AUGUCUUGGCCCAAUCCGUUCAGACGGAACGAUGAAAAUACUCGCCAUGUCUGGGGAUACACGUUCCAAUGGACGCCUCAGCAUAUGUCUCCAGAGGAGAUGCAUCCCAUGAAGUUCUCUUAUGAUGUUUUGGGGGAAGAAUGUCUGAAUCGGCUCGAUGAGAUUUCGCCACCCAUCAACAAAGACCUUCCCCGAAAUCAAAGCAGAGCAUCACCCAAAGCGAAUGCCGAGCCAGUCCCGAAAAGAGAUCUCUAUGCUCUCCUCAGAGAUCACGCAUCAGAGGAUCCCAAACUGGGCCAGCUCUGGGACGAGGUCAACACAGUCCCGGACUGGGUCGACUGGGACCAGAUCAUCAGAGGCCAAGAUGUGUUCUACAGAUAUGGCGGCCUAGCCUAUCAAUCUCUCCUCGGUGGCAUGGGAGCUGCUCGCGUGACCGAAGUUCUUGCGCGAACGGGUGGCUUCUCUCCCAAAGUAGCUAAACACCGCCUCUACGAAACGACUCAACACAUUCUGCAGGUAACCUCUUCUCUUGAAUCCAUUCAACCCGGCGGUGCCGGACACAUCUCCUCCAUUCGCGUGCGUCUCCUUCACGCCGCCGUCCGUCGCCGCAUCCUCCAGCUCGCCGCCUCUCAACCAUCCUACUACUCCGUCGCAGACUACGGGAUUCCCAUCAAUGACCUCGACAGCAUCGGCACAAUCAGCACAUUCUCUGCUACGCUCAUCUGGCUUGGCUUCCCCCGCCAGGGGAUCUACCUGCGUCAGCACGAGAUCAACGACUAUCUCGCACUCUGGCGUCUCGUAGCAUACUACAUGGGCACGCCAGACGAGUACUUCUCGACGCCUGCGCGCGCGAAAGCCAUCAUGGAGUCUCAGCUGAUAUCGGAGAUCCAGCCAAGCGAGACGUCUCGUGUUUUAGCCAACAACGUGAUCCUCGCCCUGCAGAACCAACCGCCUGCCUACGCCAGCCGUGACUUCCUGAACGCCAGUGCAAGGUGGCUGAAUGGCGAUGAGCUGUCUGAUGCUCUGGGGCUGGGGAAGCCGGGAUUUUACUACAAGGCGCUAGUGGCGGGACAAUGCAUCUUCUUUUGUGGGCUGUGCUAUACGUAUCGAUCCAUCCCGUACUUGGAUCGCAAGAAAGUCAAGGCUCUCAGAAGGAUCUUUUAUCACGUCAUCGUAGAGAACAAGGUGCACGGCUUAGGCGAGGAGAGCGAUUUUGAGUUCAAGUAUAUACCUAACCUGGAUACGACGACCUCCAUGGCCGAUUACGUUCCGGGGGUCAAGAACUCUGGGGUUGAGAGGAGGAACUUGAAGGCGCUUAUUUGGGGGAGUGCGUUCUUGGGCUUGCUGUCGUACGCUGGGUGGAGAGUGUCGUGGGGAAUACUGGGAGGUUUAAGGGCGUGGUGGUUGUCGUGA